AUGGCGAAAAAUCGUCUUUGUAAAUUGUCAUGUGAUCUUAUAUUGUUUUAAUAUUCAUUACGUGAUAGUUUCGGACUAGAACUUUUACUGGACGCCAUUUAUACAGUCUUGGAGAGUAAGAGAGACCCGUAGCCAAGGGAAAGUUAUGGCUACUGUGGCAACAGAGUCAAUUAAGAGGGUCAAUUUCCAAUCAAAUAGACAAGUGCACACAGACAUCAGUUCCUCCUCUUUUCCUCGUCCUUCCACUCACGAGAACAGCAUUGAGAAUGUGGUUGAAGAUUACACUGACAAUGUGACCCUCUAUCCAUUGAAGCGACUCAUUCAAGAGCUAACGGCACAAGAGAAGCAGCUGUGGGAUAGAACAAUGGGCAUACACCUUCCUGUUGAGGAAGGUACUUCUCAGUUAUGUCCGGACGAGGAGUUAUUAUCAGUGGGUGGGGUCAGCAUGUUUGGUCACGGCAGUCAAGCUGGCAUUGUCGAGCCGUCAAUGACGUAUUUGAUCAGAUAUGGACAGCUAACAUCAAAUAUUCAUCGAUACUUCAGGAAAUUAGAGAAGGAACAUGCUUGUCUUCAUCUCAGUGGACGGAGAGCUAAUUUUGAAAACUUAAGACUUCCUCAUGGUCGUGCUAGCUCCCGUGGCACUCCUGUACCACAAAAUGAUGAUGAUGCUCCAGUUAACCACAGCAGGAGAAAGGUUCAUAGCUUAAAAGAUGAAGAGCUGGUCGUGUACAGAUGUGCUAUAAUGUGUGCUCAGUUUCCGAUGCUGAGUGCUCCUGGUCCUCCUGAUGAUCGAUCUCCUUCUCCUCCUCUCCCUCCUCCUCUACUCUCUCACACUGCCCCAUCAGAAAGUUCUAUUGGUUUGGGAACUCUGAUCAAACCAAAACCGGUCAGACUAGUUUCCCAGCCCUCAGGGAGCGGUGCCAGCGUUGACAGUAAAACCACUGACCCUCCAUCUGAUUCAAGCAGUAGGCCGGACUCUAAUCCUUACCUCCAAGAGGCGGAGCCUAUUGCCACGGCAACGAACAAACCAAACGGACCUUGUUCCUUUGAAUCUCCUCGGUCCUUUAUCCCCAUCAGUGGGAGAAAAGGGACCCUCCCCAAUCACCGAGUUAAACCCAGGAGACGAUCAUACUCCUUCAGUGAUAGUGAAGAUGAAAACGAUGAGCUGAACGAUGGGGCAUUAAAUAGAGAUAGUAUAUCUGCGUAUUGUGAUCCUCUGGGACAGAGGGACCACCCCUUCCCUCCGAUGGUUAACAGGGACAUGCUCUGCUCUCUCGUGAGGAGAGCCUUCAAUCAAACGGAGGAACAGCAAGUUCAGUACGAGCAGAUACUGAGACACGAAUACUCAAGGAAGAGCAAAGGAGAGAUAUUAGCCCGUGAGUUGGUUACACAGCUGCAGGUGCUCGAGAAGAACGCUCAUCCUUUCUACAGGCCAAGGAACUUUGUGACACGUAAUGGGUAUGAUAUAUGGCUCCAAGGGGAGAAGCAGAGGAUCAAGCAGCAGCUGGACAAGUUCUGGCACUUUAACCUGCCAUCAAUGUCUCAGGAGCCAAGACCUGACUAUCACAAGGCUUAUGCAACUCUACUGGAGAAAAUAAUAUGUUGUGAAAGCAGGACGUCACGUCGUGAGCCAGUUCAUGGCGGUAGGACUCCUUCAUCACAGCUUUCAGACACUGCACAAAGACUGCUGACUGAGUUUGGACUGAGAUAUGGAAUUGGUGAACUGUAUCAAAGGAUUGUGUAUCUUGAUUAUUUAGCAAAACACUUUGAUUACGAGAUAUGGUACAUUUCGCACUGCACUGAUGAGCUGAGGGCAAUACGUAACCUCAUACCCAGGAACAGGACUAAAAUGACAGCAACUAGGAGAGAGAUGGAGCUGUUACGGGGUAUAGUCCAUCACUUACAUGGUCAGACGGAUAACUCACUCACUAGAAUUGAUAGACUCUUCCUCGAGUCUGAACCACAAAUUGGAGUGGCUGCUCUCAUAAAUUUGUUGAAAGAAGUUUUAGAAGCCGAACAGUCUCUCUCCUUGUUUGGCGGACAGAGAAUAAGACCAAUUGAAGACUGGCUCAAGAAAUAUUUAAAAGACGGUUUUGUGUUGAGGUACGAGAGAAGAAAAGAAAUAAUUUCAGACGAGAUUUUGUCGGCAAGGAAUUUGACUGGUUUCCCCCUCACGCCCAUUCUUAUCAAUGCUCUAUUGCAAGAGAUAAAAGACGAAGUCAAAUAUUACAGGGACAAUUAUCAGAAUGUCUUUAGACCUUAUUUUAAUAUUGUCCCGUAUGCUAAAAUGGAGUUUUAUAGAUUAACCUGCGCUGAUGCUUGUCAACUCUGUGGUAGAUUAGUACAUGAUCCUAUCUCAAGACAGAGACUCAAUCUAGAGAUGCUUGGUCUCUUAUAUCGGCUGGACAAAUGUGACAACGAAUGGUCCAAUGACAUACCCACAGAUAUGCAACAGUGGAGGAACGACUUUGUUCACCUUGCUUUGAUCUGGAUGGAUGUGUUUACCAAACAGGUUAAGACGUGGGUGCUAUCUGCCAUCAAAGAGGACCAGUGGACUGUACUGACAUUUGCUGCCAUUCCUACUUACUCCUCCUCCCCUAGUCUACCUUCAGUUGAUGAUCAUGGGGCCCUUCUUCCUCAUCAUCAUCAUCCCACUCAUUAUAGUGUCAGUCCGUUUUCUUCUAUCAUCUCUCCCUCCAUUAUGUUGCAGACUCCACUCACUCCUCAUUCCCAAAGUGCCUUCACUGCUGUACAGCCUCUUAAGAGCUACAGAGAAGUACUCUCACCAAUGUCAGAGGUCAGUGGGGCAGUCUCUGAUCUCACUUCAUCCCAUUCUUCAUUUGAAAACAUCUCCAUUGAAAUAAUCCAACAACAGCAGCAGCAGCAACAAGGCAGAGAACAAAAUGGUGUUGCAUCAAAAACACCAAAAAAGAAAGGAAAAUCUAGCAGCAGUCAAAACCAGUCUUAUCUAAAAUUCGGAAAAGCCGUUCCUCACUCAGGAGGAGACUCCACCAGUAGUUCCUCUGACACUCCUAAACUGACCAAUCACAUUACAGCUUGGGAGGACCAGGAGAGAGGGGAUGUCCCCCCGUUGGUUCCUCCUGAGAGAGAUGAAGAUAACCUUACACCCCAUGUGUCACCAGUGACUGUCAAUAACAAUGGAGACAUUAGUACCACAGAAGAAGAAGAGGAGGAGGAGGAAGUGAAGAUUAAACCAUUUACUGGUCUAGUUCCGAGCACCAGUGACCCUCAUAUCACCGCUGCUGAUCCACGUGUUGUUGAGAAUGGAUUCAAUUCAUCCGAAUCAGAGACUCCGCCCCUUUCCUCACUUUAUAGACGAUCUAUAUCAUACAACCCUCAAGGUCAUUGGGCUGGUAGAGGAGGAGGAGGAGGAGGAGGAGGGGGAGAGGUGAAGAAAGAGACAAAGCUCAAGUCAAAGUCGUUUGACACGAUUCCAAAACCGGUUAAUAAACUCCCAAGUCACCCUCCUCCUAUAUCAGUCCUACAUGUAAAUCAUAAGAUGACCGAACCAACCAGAUCACUACCACCUGCUAGUGGAGUAGCUCCAACAAACAGCGCUACUUCAGUCAGUACUGAUCAGUCUCAAUCUCCUUCUCUUAAUGGACCCUCUCCCUCUCUCUCCACCACAAGUGCUGUCUUUUACACCUUCCCUGUGUCAAAUGCUCCCAUUGACCUAUUCACGAUAUUCAUUAGACUCGGCUCCUUUAUCGGUAACCUAAUGGAGGUCCUAACUCCAAAGGUACGCCAGGGUCUUAAGAUGGGUCUCAAUGAGACUGCUGAACUACCGAGUGAAGUGAAUCAGAUCCGAAGGUUUUUAACUGAUAUCAGGCAGCAGUCGGAGAACAUGAGGGUAGAAUUCCUUAAGAAGAUACACAAGAUAAUGGUUAGUAAUUUGAAACUUUACGCUGAUAAUUUAUUGUGCAUGGAUCUCUGCUACUUACCUCAAGGGGAAGCGAAAAAUCUGUUCGGAGAGGAAAUGAUUCAUCAUUUGCAAAGACGUAACGAGACUGAAGAGAUUUGGGGUUGUCGCCAUAUUGUUGAAGCUAAUCAUGGGCUUCAUCCUAAUGGCCUUCCUUGCAUUAAAAAAACUCAACCAUUCUUUGAUAGUAUCACACGAGAUAUGUGUAUUAGGAUCAAUAACAUUCAUUUAAUAAUUAAAACAUUUUCGUCUUUGGAGUCUCACAUUUAUACACUAAUGGUAUCUCCUUCAAACCACGCCCCCUUUGGCCAUAACCUCUCUAGUGAACCUAGUGGCUCUGUUGGUAGUUUGGAUGUUCAGGGAGGGAACAAGCCACAGAUGAAGACAAGUCGUCCAUUCCCUCAUCGUUAUCGACCAGAGCCUAAGAGAGGAGGAAAUAUUGAACUACUGCCACAGGACAACGGCUCUGAUAACACUUCUGGUUCAAUUGGCCUUACUCCUGUAAUGCAAAGAAGGUCUGAGACUGGUUUCAAUUCAACCGAGGCCCAACAGUUGAUUGAAUAUUUAGAGAAGGCACUGAAACACCAGCUCCAAAUGAUGUGUCUCAGAAUGAACAAGUUUUUCAAGCCUGCCCUCACCCUUCUCCUUGACCUAAAGCUAGGUGACUGCCCCAUUAAUAGGAGAUUAAAUUCACUAGUCGAGUUUCUAACGAGACACAUGAGGGCUCUUUCUAAGCACCUUUAUCCUAAAUGCUACAGUUCACUCAUUGACCUACUCUGGCAGACUAUCCUCCAGGAUAUUGAGGAGGAAGCAUUGAAGUUAAGAAAUGAGAGAACAUCAAUAUAUAGAGCACAACUUCUCCUCCAAACAGUUACUCAUCUUAUCAAAGUGGUUCAUGAUAAAGGACAGGGUCUUUCUCUGGAUACAUUAACUACAUCAACAGAAUAUCUGCUAGCAUUGAUUGAUGUCUAUUUAAGACCUACCAGUCGACUUAUUAAAACAUUUGAAAGACUAACAGGACCACAAUUCACUCAGGCAGGAGCUCACAUACAGCUGGACCAAUCCCCAGUCCCUCUCUCUCCCUCUCUCCUCCAUCAGCUCAGCACUCGUCUCCACAAUAUAAGGAAGUGUUUCAGAGGUGAUGACUUUGUUCGUGAAUUGAUAAAACUGGGAAAUGAAAGAAUAAGACAUGCUUCAGUUGAUCAUAGCAAUCCUGACUCAGCCUCUAAUGGUGCUCCGGUCUCUUUCACUGUCACUUCAGCGACACAACUUGGACAGUAUUUGCUAGACGAAGGCAUUUUAAUAUGUUUGCUUAAUUACACCGAGGAGCGAACCACGCCCCUUGAGUCAUCAAGCAACGAGAGAAUGAAUGCUAUUAACACGUCGCGUCAUGUUGGGGUGGAGCCCGAGCUUUCACAUCAACGAACUAGUCCUGAGGUACGAGCUCCUUCAAACCAAUCCUAUGGAUACUCAUCACCUUCACCGACUCCGCCCCUUCCACACCCACCGCAAUUCAUGAAUGGAUUCGACUGUUGGUACAAGUUUACUGAUUUGGAGGAUUCAUUUGAGGGGGUUUUCUUCCACGGGGGUCAAAUUUUAUCGACCUGCAUCAGAACCCCUUCCUCUAAUAACAAGAGGCGUGGUCCUGAAACUGCUGAGCUGUCACCUUUUGACGAGGCCAGACUAGGUACCUUACACUUGAUUCUUGACGUCUUGCAGCAGAGAUCCCGAAAAGACACUCAGGCUAAAACAUUUUUAUUAAAACCAAACGCGAUACUUUGCUCUCAAGAAAGAGGAGGCAAUGAUGUUCCUCCACACAAAAUAUUUAGAAUCUGAUCGACUGUGACCACUCCCACUUAUGGUGAUGUGUUUGUGUUGUGGAAAUAAUUAUAAUUAUGCUGUUAAUGAAUAAUUAUAUUGAAUGAUUGUUACUCGUUAUUAUUUUUAAUAAUAUUAUUAUGAUACAUUUUAAAAUUAAAAAAAAGGAAGAGAGAGUCGUUCAGCAAAAAGAGCUAGUAUAUAAGUAACAAUAAUUAUUAGUAGUUAAUAUCAGAGAAGAAGAGUGAAAA